AUGGAUCCAUUUAUCAUUGCUGCUAUUUUAAGCGCUAUAGUUAUAAUAAUUCUAUCGAUCGCAUUUUUACGUGUAACCCAGAUUAGACCACAAAGUGGAGAAAAACCAAGGCCAGUUGCCCAACGUGAUGGAGGUCCAGGUAGAGUGCAAGCUGUUAGGAAUCAAAGAGCCCGUAUGAGAGCUAAUGCUGCUCGUCAUCAAGCGGCUUUAAUUGAAGAGGAACCAGGUGUAGCGGAGGAAGCUGAGGAAGAACAUAUUCCCCAGGCUGAAAAAUUGGAGUUUGUUGACAGAAUGGGGGCAAAAAAACGUGCAAAGGUAGAAGCUAAGCUGGAAAAGAAGAAAGCGAGAGAAGCCGAGGAACAGAUGCGUGAAGCAAGACGAAGGAGAGAUGAGGAAAUGGAGGAGUUAAAGAAAAAAGAAGAACAAGAGAGAGAGGAAGAAGAACGGAAGGAAGAGGAAGCGGAGCGCAAAGCUGAGGAAGAACGUAAAAUGCGCGAGCAGGCGGAAUAUGAGGCGAUGAAGGCGGCAUUCACAGUGGAAGGAGAGGGCUUCGAUGAGAACGAAGAGGAAGACAAGGAGAACUUACUCAAGGAGUUCAUUGACUACGUCAAGUGCCAGAAAGUGGUGUUGCUCGAAGAUUUAGCGGCACACUUCAAAUUAAAGACGCAAGCGGCCAUAGACAGAAUAACCGACUUGCAGGCCACUGGAGAACUUACGGGUGUAAUAGAUGACAGGGGGAAAUUUAUCUACAUCUCCCAGAAGGAACUAGAAGACGUCGCCAAGUUUAUCAAGCAGCGUGGCAGAGUUUCCAUUGCGGAUCUGGCGGAAUCUAGCAACGACUUGAUCAACUUAAAUCCGAUCCCUGUGUCG